AUGCCCAAGUUGACCCGUCGUUUAACAAACGUGGUCAUUCAUGUCGAUGAAAAUGACAACAUUGAACCUGUUACACCUACCAGCAUCCCUUCUCGUUCCAGUCAACGUACAGAAUUGGAUGAAAAGGCAAAAGCUACAUGGAACAAGCAUAUGGUACCUGAAAAGAAUGAUGUUGAGUCUAUUGAGGGGGAUAUCGUUCACCAUACUAUCACCACCCUUUGCCGUGGUGCUUAUAACGUUGAUAAAUUAGCCAUGUAUCAGGCUACUGCUCACUCUGUUAGAGAUCGUCUUUUAGAAGAUUGGAAUCGUACUCAAGAAGCUUUGCACAAGGAAAAUCCCAAGCGCUGCUACUAUCUUUCCAUGGAAUUCUUGAUUGGUCGUGCUCUUGAUAACGCAUUGAAUUGUCUUCAUGUCAAGGAUAAUUAUAAGGAAAGUGUUCACAACCUCGGUUUUAACCUCGAAGAUCUCAUCCGUGAGGAAAAGGAUGCUGCUCUAGGUAACGGUGGUCUUGGUCGUCUUGCUGCUUGCUACAUGGAUUCUGCUGCUACUCAAGAUUUUCCUACUUGGGGUUACGGUCUUCGUUACCAAUAUGGUAUGUUCAAGCAAAUCAUCAAGGAUGGCUUCCAAAAUGAAAUCCCUGAUUACUGGCUUAACUUUGAAAAUCCUUGGGAAUUCCCUAGAAGCGAUAUCAAGUAUGACGUCCGCUUCUAUGGUUAUGUUGCAACAAAGAUGAACGAAAAGGGUGAAAGCCGUAUGUCUUGGGAAGGAGGAGAUAAGGUCCAAGCAAUGGCUUACGAUAUUCCUAUCCCUGGCUUCAACACCAAGGGCUGUGGCAAUAUUCGUCUCUGGGAUUCCAAGCCUAAGAACACCUUUGAUUUUGAAUCCUUUAACUCCGGUGACUACGACAAAUCCGUGGCUGAACAAAAUAAUGCUCAAAACUUGACCUCUGUCUUAUACCCUAAUGAUAACUUCUUAGCCGGUAAGGAACUUAGACUGAAGCAAGAAUACUUCUUUGUCAGCGCAUCUCUUCAAGAUAUUAUACAUCGCUUUAAGCGCGCCAAGUGCCCUUGGAAAGAUUUCCCUGAAAAGGUCGCUGUACAAAUGAACGAUACCCACCCUACUUUGGCUGUUCCCGAAUUACAACGUAUUUUGGUCGAUGUUGAAGGUUUGGAUUGGGAUGACGCUUGGGAUAUUGUUACUCGUACUUUUGCUUUCACCAAUCAUACCAUUUUGCCUGAAGCUCUUGAAAGAUGGUCCGUUCCCAUGAUGGAAAAGAUCCUUCCUCGUCACAUGCAAAUCAUCUAUGAUAUCAAUCUUUUCUUCUUGCAAAAGGUCGAAAGAGAAUUUUCUACUGAUCGUGAAAUGUUGAAGCGUCUGUCUAUCAUUGAAGAAAGUCAGCCUCAACAGGUCCGUAUGGCUUAUUUGGCUGUUAUUGGUUCUCAUACUGUCAAUGGUGUUGCUGCCCUCCACUCUGAUUUGAUUCGCAAGCAUCUCUUCAACGAUUUCGUAAAGUACUAUGGCCCCGAAAAGUUUAUCAAUAUUACCAAUGGUAUUACUCCUCGUCGCUGGCUGUAUCAAUCCAAUCCAGGUCUUCGCGAUUUAAUCACAAAGACUCUCGGCUCCGAAGAAUGGGCAACCAAACUCGAUCUCUUGAAGGGCUUGAGAUGUCAUGCCGACGACUCUGAAUUCCAAAAGGCCUGGGCUGAUGUCAAAUUGCAAAACAAGAAGCGUUUGGCUAAGUGGAUUAAGGAUCACAUGGAUAUCACAGUCAACCCUGAUGCUCUCUUCGAUAUUCAAGUCAAGCGUAUCCAUGAAUACAAGCGCCAAUUCAUGAACAUUUUGAGCGUCAUCUAUCGUUACAAGAGUCUCAAAAAGAUGGCUCCUGAAGAUCUCGCUCAGCAAAUUCCUCGUGUUGUUGUCAUUGGAGGCAAGGCUGCUCCUGGUUAUUACAUUGCCAAAUUGGUUAUUAAGUUGGUUAACAGUGUAGCCGAUGUCGUUAACAAUGAUAAGGAUCUUAAAGAUAUGCUCAAGGUUGUCUUUAUUCCGGAUUACAAUGUCUCUCUUGCCGAAGUAAUUAUUCCUGCUUCUGAUAUCUCUCAACACAUUUCAACUGCUGGUACAGAAGCUUCCGGUACCUCCAACAUGAAGUUCGUUCUUAACGGUGGUUUAAUUUUGGGUACAGUUGAUGGUGCUAACAUUGAAAUUAAAGAACAUAUCGGUGAAGAGAAUAUCUUUAUGUUUGGUGUUCUUGCCGAUGAAGUUGAAGAUAUCCGCCAUAACCAAAAAUACCACGGACUUCUGAUCGAUCCCAGCCUCCAAGUUGUCAUUGAUAGCAUUCAAUCCGGUGAAUUCGGUGAUCCUUCCAUUUUCAACCCUCUCAUCAAUACCCUCACUUAUGGUGGUGACUAUUAUCUCAUUUCUGCAGACUUCAAGUCUUAUCUUCAAGCACAUACUAAGGUCGAAGAUAAUUAUAGAGAUCAAGCUGGAUGGAUUAAGAAAUCUAUUAUGUGUACUGCUGGUAUGGGCUUCUUCUCUUCCGACAGAGCUAUUCAAGAAUAUGCUGAAAAGAUUUGGAACUUGAAGCGCUUCAAUCUUGACAAGCCUAAUGAUGGUACCGCUUAA